CCCCCUUCCCCACUCAUACUCCACCUCCUUCUUAACAUCAUCAGUACCAGGAACAGCAGCCGGGAGCCUUGCUCGAAGACGGAGCCUGGUAGCACUGACUGCAAUUUAACAAGCUGGCUUUGUAAACCACUUCAGCCCCUACCAAGGAUGAGAUGCGGGAGCCGCUCCACUGCUGUCAUCGUUUUCUGGAAGAUGGGCAGGUAGAAAAGGAGGCAGAGAAAGAGAGGAGAACACAGUGCACUGCAGAUGAACCAAAGAAGACCCAGGGGAUGACCUGAAAACAUCAUGUCGGAGGUCCAAGGAACUGUUGACUUUUCUGUGGAACUUCACAAAUUCCAUAAUGUGGACCUCUUUCAGAGAGGGUAUUACUUGGUGCGUGCGAGUCUGAAAGUCCCACCUAGGAUGCCACAUCGGUUGUUGGCAACAGUUGUGGAACAAACAGGUGAUUCAGUCCUUUGCUCAGCCUCUGUCCAUGAGAACAGCGUCUACAGCAGAGUGUUUCAGAUCUUGUACAGGAAUGAAGAGAUUCUCAUGAAUGAGUCUAUGAACUUCAGGGUCCACCUCCUUCUGGAUGGUGAAAGGGUAGAAGAGGCAUUAAGUGAAGCCGAUUUCCAGCUCAAGUUGGACCUGCAGUUUACAGACAGUGAAUCGCACUUCACUCGUCCAGGGAAAGGCUCGUGGCUUGGAAAAAGCAGCAUGGAAAUGGGUCCAGACCUGACUGGGAUGUCGCUGGAAAAUUUGGUGUUUGGAGCUGGCUACUGCAAACCUGCCGCAUCAGAGGGCAGCUUCUAUGUCCCAUCAGAAAAUUGCAUGCAGCAUGCCCACAGGUGGCAUAAAGACCUUUGCCUCCUGCUCUUGAGCGCGUGCAGAGGACUCCAUAUGCACUAUGCCGUCAUCAGGAAGGAGGUGCCCAGCCUGCCACAGCUAAAGUUAGUCAUAAAGAAAUUUGCAAAUGUUCAUAAGCCACUGUCAAAAAUGAACCAAAGCCCCCACAAUCAUCAGCACCCGCCAUAUUCAAUAGCUAUGGAUAAUCUCGGCAUGAAGGUAAGAAGAUUCUCUGAGGCUUUCUUUUAUGCUGAGCAUCAAAAGCUUGCUGUGUUGACUUUCCAGGACAGCCUUAUCCAGCAUCAUAGCCAGGUUUCGUCAGAAAUCCGGAGCUCUGAGUACCUCACCAGCAUGCCACCUCUGCCUGUAGAGUGCCUGGACAUCGAUGGAGACUGCAGCACGUUGCCCGUUAUUUUUGAAGACAGAUAUGUAAAUUCCCUCUGCAAAGUCCAGGGCUUAGACGUUUUGUCAAAUUUUGUGGUUUCUCCUGUGGAUAAUUCGCAAGUGGACUUAGAGAAAAAAGACUACCCUCCCACAGAAGAUGACAACGCUUUAGCAAAGGGAGAUCAUGGGAUGAAAGCCCCAUUCGUCAUCCACACAGAUAGAAUAAAUGGGAAAUCGUUAUGUAGUUGUAGCCAUCCAGAAGGAGAUUCUUGUACAGUUGAGCAUUUCAAGGAUCCCUCCACAACUCAGGUAUAUGCAACAAGUGGAAGUGUCCAGUCCCAUGAGAAUCAGUCACAGCUCGGUAGCAGGCCAACAGCCCUCCUGAAAGACCCUUCAGAAAGACUGACAAUGCCAGUGGAGUUUUCAGAAGACCAUAAUAAGUUCACAGGAGAGGUGGAACCUUUGGACGUGAAGCCAACGUGUAACGGUGCCCACCAAAGAGAAUCAAUGGCAUUUAUGACUCCCCAGUUUGACAGUGACACACGUGGACAUCCAAACCCUGCGGACAGGACUGAACCAAAUCAAGAAGCUCAAAGGGAUCCUUUGGGGUCUCUUCUCAUGACUGACACAAAUGGAGAACCCGGUUAUGAGAAGCCAGAGAAUGAGGGUGGGGAGUCUUUGAGGGCAUCUGAUAUUGGCUCAGUGAGCCAAGCGAAAGAAAUGGAAGGGGCCAAGCCUUUUUUGAAAGAGCAAAGACCACAGGAGCCUGAAGAGUUUAGCUAUACGUCAGGCGUCAUUAAAAGAUCUUCCUCGCUAAUCUCAGACUCGGGCAUUGAAAGUGAGCCCAGCUCAGUCGCUUGGUCUGAGGGAAGGAGCAAGGCCUUGGAGUUGCCCAGCGACCGAGAGAUCCUUCACCAGCUGGUCCGGAGAUGCACAAUUCACCGGAACUCUCUGGAAGGUGGGCACACGGAAAGUAACACGAGUUUGCCCAGUGGCAUCCAAGCUUCACUCACGUCAAUUAGCUCUUUGCCGUAUGAAGAGGAAGAGCGGGAAGUGGAACCCAACAAACUGACCAAAUCUAUCUCGGCUCCCCAGAUCAGCAGCCCCGAGGAGGCGGUGGAGGACAUGGAUAUAACCCAAAAUGCCAGUACCAUGUCAGACGUUGCAGAAGGGAGAGACACGGAGGUAGAGUAUCCCAGCAUAGCUUUAAUGGGAAAUGUUUCCAAGUGCCACCCUGUCAGAGGAGAUGAAGGACCACAGCUAUUCACCAUGGCCGUGAAGCAUCCCGAAUUCAUCUUUGAACAAAAUGGUGACAUGUCUGACUGUCCAACAGCUGUUGAAGGCUCUUCGGAGAUGGACUACAGAUUGAAAACGGAAAAAGAGCCUGCACUGUUAAAGCCAAAAGGAAAUCUAAAUGGGACAGCUGUAUACCAGUUACCAAACAGACCACAGGAGGUUGACUUGGGAAGGGCAAGUGACCACCUAGGUUCAAAUGUUGCUCAUCUUAAUGCGUAUGCCGAAGAGGCAGAUUUGCACAGAGGCCACUGCCUGUCCUCUACGGACUUUGAGGCUUUCUCGCGCUGCGAGGCACAAGGGCCUGACUUUUGCCCCACCAUUGCAGCAUCAUCAGAGGAGCCCUUAGGUUCUGUUUCGAUAGAGGAACGGGGUGAUAGCUCUCGCGCCAAUGGCAAAAUAACAUCCUGCAGGGUAGCAGUUUCUGACUUGCAAGAGAUUGAGCUGGACAACAUAGGCACAUGCAGAUCCUCCAGUGGCGAGCUGGAAAGCCAAGAGCUCCGUAUCGUCUCAAGCAACACAGGAUUCCAUUCCGUCGUGCCCGACGCGUUGGUGCUUGAGAGCAAAAAGGUCAUCGAGGCUGUCAACUUGUCCGUUUCCUGUACAGCCACCUGUCUUCCUUUCUCUUCAGUCCUCAAAGAGUCUCCGCCAACGGGUGGCUUCUCCUCCAAGCAAGUCACUUCUCCUAUCACUCACCAGCCCGUGGGCUCCUUUGGGGUCAUCUCCUGUGAGUCCAGUGACGUGGACGAAGAGGCCAAUGAAAGAAUGCUUAGUUUUUAUCAGGCCAAGGAAAAAUUUAAAAAGGAACUGAAGACUGAAGGAUUUCUGUACAGUGACUUAUCUGUACUAGCUUCUGAUAUCCCAUAUUUUCCACCAGAGGAAGAGGAAGAAGAUUUGGAAGAUGGGAUUCACCUUGUGGUCUGCGUCCAUGGGCUGGAUGGUAACAGUGCAGAUCUUCGACUGGUGAAAACUUUCAUCGAACUGGGUCUCCCUGGAGGAAAACUUGACUUUUUGAUGUCAGAAAGGAACCAGACGGAUACCUUCGCCGACUUUGAUACCAUGACGGACCGGUUGCUUGAUGAGAUCAUUCAGCACAUUCAGUUGUACAACUUGUCAAUAUCGCGGAUCAGUUUUAUUGGCCACUCCCUUGGAAAUGUCAUCAUCCGAUCUGUGUUGACUCGACCAAGGUUUCGCUAUUACCUCAAUAAGCUACACACCUUCCUGUCCCUCUCUGGACCUCACCUAGGAACUCUGUACAACAACAGUACUUUAGUUAGUACCGGCUUGUGGCUCAUGCAGAAGCUCAAAAAAUCUGGAUCACUUUUGCAACUGACCUUCAGAGACAAUGCAGAUCUGCGGAAGUGUUUCCUCUACCAGCUCAGCCAAAAAACAGGUCUUCAGUAUUUCAAAAACGUCGUUCUGGUAGCCUCUCCCCAAGAUCGCUAUGUACCGUUUCAUUCUGCGAGAAUAGAAAUGUGCAAAUCUGCUCUGAAAGACAGACAUACAGGUCCAGUGUAUGCUGAGAUGAUCAACAAUCUUCUCCAGCCGGUAGUUGGGGCCAAAGAUUGCACUUUGAUCCGCCACGAUGUGUUCCACGCUUUACCAAACACGGCCAACACACUGAUCGGGCGGGCAGCGCACAUAGCCGUAUUGGAUUCUGAACUGUUCCUGGAGAAAUUUUUCCUUGUGGCUGGACUCAACUAUUUCAAAUAGGACCAUAGGCCUUAUGGUAACAAAGAACACCCUCCAUACAAUGGGCGUAGGGUUUCAGGGCCAAGAGUGUGCAAUUUUUGGGGAAUCAAUGGAGUAUGCCAAUGGCAAGGCGGAACCCACAUGCCCGAGGGAAGUAUCAAGUGCUUUGUUUAUAAGGCAUCUAAAGGGCCAAAUAUUGGUGCUUCUGGAAAGAUGGAAACAUCUACAUGUUAAGUUCCUUUGUCUAUGUCUGUCUGUUCAACUGUCUUUUAAAAUAGGUCUAGAAAUACAGUGGGUGAGAUUAUGGAUCUGUCUCUGUCUAUCUACGUAGCCAGAGUAGCACUGCUUUCUUCCCUCUGUCACUGUCACUAGGUAUAAGUUGCCUUAGUUGAUUUACGGAUUUAUGUAACAAGCAUUUCAUUCUGUUCUAUAGAUGAGUUGUCGUUGUGGUUCACCUAAGCAGAAAGAAGCAAAUAUGAAACUCAGGUUAAUUCUCUUUGCAUGUGAAUCAAAAAAUAGGGGCAAGACAGGAGAUGUAUUCAGAAUUUGUGGAGGGGAAGGGUUGCAUUUGUGAUGGGUGAUAUAAGCAAAGAUGGUUUUGAGAGCAUGAAGGUCCACAAUGGCAGUGGUGGACAUGUGGUCAGGCUUGGAAUUGAAAAAGGACUAGAAGGCUCUGGCCAACAAUGAUUCCACCCACUGGCUCCCUCUGGACCGAUCAAGAGGGAGGCAAUGGCCCUCUUCAAUAGCCUCUUCUUAGUAUCAACAGCUGGAGAGAUUACAAUUCAGACACUCAAAAGGCAACAAAUGGGCUCUCAGUCCUCCCUUCAAUGUGAAGAAGAGCAUCAGUGUUCUUCUUGGAUGAACUUCAUGUGUUGACCUGAUGCGCUGAAGGGUGAACAGUGCCGUUGUCCCUGUUCAUGCAGGAAAACCUGCAAAUGAAAAAAACCUUCUACCGCCAACCUGGUGACAUGAUGGGAGGCUCACCAAAGGAGCCGUCCCUCUUACUUGGAGAAAAGACUAAAAUUCCCAAGAGCCAGCGUUUGCUGCUGUGCCUGCAUUUACCUGUGGAUACAGGAGGAGGGUUGCCGGGAAGAAAGUGCUUGGGAUUGGGGCAGAAGGCACUGCAUGUUGGAUGAGAGCAGAAGAGUAUUUUUCUGGGUUCAUGGAUUUGAUCUGAAAGCAGCCACUCUCAGAAAGGAUUAAUAGAUGCAUUUCCUAUAAGACCCUACAACAUGGUGGCAGAAUCCAACCCCAUGUUAUUCUAUCCAUACUUGGACAGCUACAGCUCAUGCUUUCAGGCUGCUCCCUUCUCCUAAUUCACGUGAGUCAAAAUUUCAAGGUGGCCCUCCCAGGCUUGUAAACUCAGAGCACAGAUGAUGAUUGCUUUCAUUUUCAGAAAGCAGGGGCUUUCGUUUCCUAUCUAACAUCAUCAGUAAGAGAACCGGCAGAGAAUAUGCUUUGCAUGUAGAUGUUCCCACAAUCAGCUCGUUAUACCUUCAAUUCAAUGAAUAAUCAAACACAGGGGUGCAUAUCCCUGGGGACUGCAUGCAGGGCCUCCGAGACUGAAGAAGUACACCCCUUACAGUUACCUUGGCCUUUCCCCACAAUGCCCAGGUGCCAUCUCUGCUGACUUCCCAUUCAUGUCAUGGCUCUUUUCCCACCCCUGUUAAAAAUGAAAGGAAAACAAUUGGUUACACUAAGCAGAGGCUCUCUGCUUCCAUCUAGGGAAGGAAGCGGGUCACUAGGAUAUCUGGGUGCAUCUGCUUAUGUUCCUUUACCGCUAUCACCUGUGACCAACCGGGCAUGGGGAGAUCAUGCAUGUAACAGGGGACGGGAGACAUCUGUGCCUGAGAUCCUGCAGCGUUGCUGCUAGUAGGGCUGACAUGGAGAUAAAUCAUGACCUAGGAAAGAAAAGCCUUGGAUGCUGCUGAUCCACCCAACAGGUUUGUAGCACCUGGGGCAGGUAUGAUGCCAGGAUGCCAUGUUGCUUACUCAUUCAUGGAUGUACAAAGCUGGAGGGCACAGGUGAGCAUUAAAGCAUGCACAGGAUUCCUCUUCGCAGUCACUCCUAGUUGAGGCUCAACAUCACUAAGUCCCAACUUUAGACAUGGCAAUUCUAGACAAUGAUGUUGGCCUGUCUCUUGAUUAACCAUUCU